AUGCAUCAUCUCAGCAACCACGAGGUCAAAAGAAGAUCCGGAAAAUGGUGGUGGAAUUACCCGCCGAUUCAGAAAAUGCGGAGCCGGGCAAGGGUAACAUCGAAACAGAGACUGGCAUAUGAAGACGCCACGCUGAAGGUGCCCGAAAGAAGUUUCGACGCCUAUAGGACCAACCGACAUUUGCAACUACGGGCUCAGAGCUCGUUGAGACGUCAGCACGACAUAUUCGUAGCUCACACGAAACGAAACGACGCUAUGGCCUGGGAUGUCCUCCAAUCUUGCACCACGAGAGCAGGAGAGCUGCUCGUCGUUAGUCAUGAUAGCAAAUAUCUUCGACUAGCUUCAAAGAACGACUACGAGAAAAGUUUAGAGGUCGGACCUGAGUACUUCGCCGUUGCUGAUCGUCUGCGGAAGUGGCAUUUUGGACUUGAUUGUUAUUAUGACGAUCUACUGAUGACAGUUGCAGGAAUGUCACCCUUGUUCUGUGAUUUAGAUAGAUGCAGCUCGGCUGCUACCUCCCUGAACUCUCAGCAGCAAGAAGUUCAAGGAGUCUACGUUGUUCAAACAAUAAGGACCUUGACACUGCCAGACCGCUGGUUCAGAUUCAGGAAGGAUCAUCGCCGGAAGUCAGUCUCGAAAGAAUGGGAUAGCAUUAUUCUUUGUGAAAACGACCAUUGGAGUAAUAUAUACACAAUGGAACGUGCCGUCGCGUCACUGGCUACUAUCAACUAUUUCAACCUGAAGAGGAUACAUGGAAGGAUGAAUCUUGCCGCCCUCGCCUACCAAGCUAGAACCGGUGUGGCGGUACCAAUGGUAGAGGUCUUUGAUAAUUGGAUGGGAAACCACUUCAUAUUAAUGGCUGAGAGGGCAAAAGGCUUCGCACACAGUCGGCUGGAGGAGCUGGAGGCUGUGUGA